AUGGACAAUUCAAUAAAAUGGCUGAGUGCCGGAGCUGGAGCUGGCCUAGCUGUGGACCUAAGUUUAUAUCCGCUGGACACAUUGAAGACUCGACUUCAAAGUAAAGCCGGAUUCAAGGCUUCUGGAGGAUUCAGUGGUGUGUAUCGAGGGAUGGGAUCGGUUGCAAUGGGAUCGGCACCAGGAGCAGCUGCCUUCUUCUUGACCUAUCAGAUGAUGAAGUCCAUGUUCGGAACUCGAUGUAAGUCGGAGAUUCUUUUCUAAAAUUAUUAUUUCUGUCUUUAGCACCUCUCGUGGAUGCUACCGCAGCUAGUUGUGGAGAGAUCACGGCUUGUUUGAUCCGAGUUCCCACCGAAAUUGUAAAACAACGAGCUCAGGUGUCGAAGAAGUCCGUAAUGCAUAUUGCCGCAAGAAUAUUCAAGUCAAAUGGUAUAACAGGCUUCUACAAGGGUUAUGGAUCAACGCUGGCGAGGGAGAUUCCAUUUGCCUUUAUUCAGUAUCCGUUAUGGGAGGAAUUGAAGAGACGGAUUGCAAAGAGAAGGGUAAGAUAAUAUUUUUGAUUUUUUUCGAUGUUUAGAUCCCAACUCUUCUCUGGAUUGUUUUGAAAUAGCUGGCUGACAUCAUGGUCUGUCUUUUGAUAUGAUACUGUCGAGAUAUUAUCCACUGUAACCUAUCAAAAUUUUCAGAAUUUAUCGGAAGCCACACCUCUUCAAUCAGCAGCUGCCGGAAGUGUCUCGGGCUCGCUUUCAGCGGGUUUGACCACUCCAUUGGACGUAGUCAAGACCAGAAUUAUGUUAGGAACCUCCAAAACAUCAAAUCCAUUUCUAACAUUGGUCGAAAUUUUCAAAUCUGAAGGAAUUCGCCCACUUUUCUCUGGAUUCACCCCUCGAUGCGCCUGGAUGGGAAUUGGUGGCUUUGUCUACUUUUUCUCAUACGAAUUUUGUAUAUCUUGCCUGAAUAGGGUGUUGUAG